UGGCGCGCCGCCCCCGCCCUCUCCGCGCGCCGCAGCGACCUGCGCGGCCUGGCGCUCAAGUCCGCCAUGGUGGUGACGGACCGCGCCACCCUGCGCCACCUCCACGACGGCGUCGACAAGCACAUCGACACCAUCACCAAGGUCGACUUCGUGCUCGUGGGGCUCGUCGCGCACAUGAUGAACGCCAGCAUCCAGCACACGGUGCUGAACACGUGGGGCUACAAUACCAACGGCUCGUGGAGCGGAAUGGUGGGGUACCUGCAGCGCGGCCAGGCGGAGAUAGGGGGCACCGGCCUCUUCUUCACCACCGACCGCAUCCCCGUCAUCGACUACAUCGCCAUGACCACGCCCACGGGGUCAGCGUUCAUCUUCCGCGAGCCGCCGCUGUCGUACGUGAGCAACCUGUUCACGCUGCCCUUCGAGGGCGACGUGUGGGCGGCGAGCACGGCGCUGCUGGCGCUCACGGCCGGGCUGCUGCUGGCGGCGGCCGCGUGGGAGGACGCCGUCGAGCCGCCCGACGCCACGCGCCUGCCCGCGCGCUGGGCCGACCCCGCGCGCUUCAUGGAGCUGAACGAGGGCUUCCGGAGGGUGCGGCGCGGCCUCUUCGCCUUCCACGCCGAGUUCAGCACGGGCUACCACAUCAUCCAGCGCACCUUCCGGGAGGACGAGAAGUGCGGCAUCCAGACCAUCCGAUUCCUGCAGGUCAUCGACCCCUACCUCGCCAUUCGGAAGAACUCUUCGUACAAGGAGGUCAUCAAGAUGGGGUUCCGCAAAAUGCGCGAGCGGGGCGUGCAGUCGCGCACGUGGCGCCGCCUGCUCACGCCCAAGCCCGAGUGCCUGGGCAAGGGCUCCAGCUUCGUGAGCGUGGGCAUCGUCGAGUGCUACCCGGUGCUGAUGGUGCUCGUGUACGGGCUCGCGCUGGCCGCCUCCAUGCUGUUGCUGGAGAAGCUCCUCCACCGCAGAUCUGCAAAACUUCUUGGUGUUAUGGACUCGCUAUUCAGAAGUAUUUGGAACUCACAGAAGAAACCAGUUCGCAUAGUAGCAACUUAUCGCCAGUGACUGCAACUGGGAAAUUACAGAAAUAAUUGACAAAACACUCUUAUCCCUGUUUUUGUGAAAUUUUUACUUAGUGUGAUGUUAUGAUUCAUAUGACUUAUCACUUGUAAAGAACUCAGAUUGUAAGUAAUAAAUCUCACGAUUAAAAUGCA